AUGCUGCGAUGGAUCAUUGCGGAAUUGAGUUACAAAACCGAGCUUCUCAAGGAAUCCGGCUGCGUCGUUGUAUUUGACAUCACUGCAAUUAAAUCUGGUAUCGCAGUAUCUGAAUCAACAUGGCUGACGCUGAAGCCCGCGAUCACUGCACUCGAAGACGAGAAAUCACCGCGUUCGCUAUCACCUAGAUUUAGACAACAAAGUCGUCAACCUCGUGCACCCUCCUCAAUCCCCUGUAGUAUAUGGCAGGGCGCAGCACACAUUCUACGUGACGUAGGACUAGACCUAGGUAAUUGCCUCCAGGAACCUCUUGGUCGAGACGAAGUUAUGCCAGCACCGAUGAAGGAGGAAGCCCAAGUUCCCUUCCUUGGGGAGUCUGAUCGUCAUCAUUAUCUUCAAAGUUCUUCCAACUGGAAACCAUUUCUAAUCUUUACCGUUGCAAAUUUCCAAUGGCUUCCUUGCGAUGUGAAUUUCGUUGGACAGUUUACCUGCAAAAUUGUUGCAUACGCUAGCAAUUUACAUCUGCAACACCAUGUGGUUCUUUUCUCUAAUAGAGGAAAUAAUUGCUUGCGUGAUCCCGUUUUGGAAUCUGACUCUCUUGUUUAA